CCCACAGAUGAGGAGGAGAGGCCUCGUCCCUAACCUCAACCCCAACUUCCUUUCCCGCCAAAAUAACCUGUCGUUUUUCCACACCAACGGCCAUUCCCAUCUCAUCCGAAACCUCCAAAACUGCAACAACUUUAUCGUUGCAUCUUCACUCCAUUCCCAUAUUCUCAAAUCUGGUUCUUUAUCUCACACCUUCACAGCCAACCAUCUCCUGAACUGCUAUGUCAGAUUGCGUAAAAUCGACCUUGCACGCAACCUGUUCGACGAAAUGUCUGAACCAAAUGUGGUCUCUUGGACCGCUGUCAUUGCCGGGUACAUCGACCUGGGUCAGCCCAGAACGGCCCUCCGGAUGUUCGGGGAAAUGCCUGAGUGCUCGGUCCCGCCAAACGAGUUUACGUUUUCAACCGCGAUCAAAGCAUGUUCGGUCCUUUCCAACCUCAGGACCGGCAAGGAAAUCCACGCUCGCGUCGAGGUUUGUGGCCUUCGGAAUAACCUCGUGCUGUGCUCCACGCUUGUUGACAUGUACGGCAAGUGCGAUGACGUUGAUGGUGCUCGGCGGGUUUUCGAUGCAAUGAGGUGUAGAAAUGUCGUUUCGUGGACCACGAUGAUUGCCACGUAUGGCCAAAAUGCCCGGGGCCACGAGGCGCUCCAGCUUUUUCGGGAAUUCAGUUCCUUGACGAGAGAUCGUCCGAAUGAUUUCAUGUUGUCCAGCAUUGUCAAUGCUUGUGCAAGCUUGGGAAAGCUGGCUGCCGGAAAAGCCGCGCACUGUGCGGUGAUUCGCGGCAGCCAUGAUGCAAAUGAGGUGGUUGCUACCACACUUAUUGACAUGUAUGGAAAAUGCGGGUGUCUUGAUUACUCUUACAAGAUAUUCAGGCAAGUUUCGUGCGCCUCCGUGGUUCCAUACACAUCGAUGAUCUUUAGUGCGGCAAAGUAUGGCCUUGGCAAAUUAGCCCUUGAACUGUUUGAUGAAAUGCUUGAAAGAGGAAUAAAACCGAGUGAUGUCACCUAUCUCGGGGUCUUGCAUGCCUGCAGCCAUUCAGGACUGGUUGAUGAAGGCCUAAAACACUUGAAAUUCAUGUAUGCCAAACAUGGGAUAUUGCCCGACACAAAGCACUACACUUGUCUUGUUGACAUGUUGGGACGUGCCGGGCGGAUUGACGAGGCCUACCGGGUGGCAAAGUCUAUCCGGGCAGAAGGUGAUGCCGGGGCUCUGUUGUGGGGCACGCUUCUUUCUGCCAGUAGGCUUGUUGGAAGGGUAGACAUUGCGGUUGAAGCCGGACGACAGCUUAUAGAGUCCAAUCAACAAGUCGCGGGUGCAUACGUAACAUUGUCAAACACUUACGCGUUAGCUGGUGACUGGGACAGCGUGCGUGAUCUUAAACGCGAAAUGAAGCGUGGUGGGGUCCACAAGGAAACUGCCUGCAGUUGGAUCGACUUCAAGGAUUGGACGUACGUGUUCUUUGCCGGAGACGUGUUGUGGUGUGAGCAAGGGAGUGAGGUGGUGAAUCUAUUGAGGGAAUUGGAAAAGAGAAUGAAAGAAAGAGGGUAUGUAGGAGGCGGUAAAGGGUUGGUUUUUGUGGAUGUAGAUGAAGAAACAGAGGAGGAAAUACUGGGUUUGCAUAGUGAGAGAUUGGCUUUGGCUUUUGGGUUGAUAAAUUUACCCAAAAGUGCCACAAUUAGAAUUAUGAAGAAUAUAAGGAUGUGUCGGGACUGCCAUGAGGCUUUCAAGCUUAUUAGUGAAAUUUUAGAGAGGGAUUUCAUUGUUAGAGAUAAUAACAGGUUUCAUCACUUCACAAAUGGCUAUUGCAUUUGCGGGGAUUUUUGGUAA